CCGAACCUUCACUACCAAGUUUCUAUAUCGUUGAAACAGUCUGGAGUUGUAAGGUUGGUUUUAGCCAAAUUGGUACACGCAUGAAAGAUACAUCUUCUUGAUGGUUUAUUGUACUUGAAGUUCGUAUUUCAUGUCUCAGUUUGUUUGCUAAUGUUGCAAUUGGAUUAGGGAGGAUCUGCAAGUCUUACUGAGAAAUUAGAAAAUUAAGCUCAGUUCUCAUUCUUUGUCUAAUUUCAUUAGAUGACCUCAUGCUCUUAAUUUGUUGAACCUCCAUAAAGGCUCAAAGGUGUCAUCUGUAGUGGUUUUGUUCAAAAUUGCCAGGGCUUGUUGCAAGGAGAAUAUAGGUCUUCGGUAGGCACAUUAUGUUUGAUUUUCAUAAUUUAGAGAUAUAGAGCUAGUCUAUCUCUAUAUGAAAUUAAUCUACUUGAUAUAUUAAUACACUAAUGUCACGUAGAUGAAUCGUUUGGCGAAAAUAUGAAAUUGGAAAUUAUAAAAGUGCGUAUUCUGUGCCAAAACGUUUUGAAAGUUUGCCAUUCUCGAAGGCUCAAAGCACAGGAAAUUCUGGUUCUAAAUCGUAUGUAAAGGCAAUCUUUGAAAGAGGGCAUUUUACAUCAAGUUAGUGCUAUAAGAACUAGUUUGAUAUUCAGCAUUUAAGCACCAAACAGAUUUAUAAGUUGCCUACGUCGUCGUCGUCUUCUUCUUCUUGGGUUCCUUCCCUCAGGCUUCUAUCCUACCCAGCUGCUUGGCCCGCAAGAUGGACAACAUUGUGGAUUCUCUAAACAACGCAUACCAAGAGUUUGUUGUUGCUGCAGCUAAUGUGCUCGAGGCCAAGGAAACUUCUGGCGGCCAAAAAACAACAGCCACGGAUACUGCCCUAGAGAGCUUUCAGCAGAAGUGGGAACUCUUCAGAGUGACUUGUGAUCAAGCAGAGGAGUUUGUGGAGUCUGUGAAGCAAAGGAUUGGCUCAGAGUGUCUGGUGGAUGAGGCAACCGGCCCUGUGGUAGGGAAGUCUGGGCAGACUACGACAACUGGGCUCCCACCAAUCAGUGCAGUUUGAUUGGAACAGAGUAAAGCUGUUCGAUGGCUUGUCAUAGGACUUCAAUAUGGUUCCGGAACAGCUGCUGGUUCAGCACACUCUCAUCAAUCAGCUCCUUUUGAUGCUAGAUUCUCUGAAGAUUCAGCUCCAUAGGUAUGAAAUUCAAACCCCUGUAUCAACCAAGGUUGAUAAGUUUUUAUAGGUGGUGCAUUGAAGUCCUCAAGUACUUAUUAAAUAUGUAAAUAUGAGAAACAAAAAGGAUUGACAUUACAAGAUCUGUGAAAAGAUUAAGGUCCUAAAUAUAAGAAAGUACAUGUGUGUGAAAGAAUUGUCA